CCCUCCCUCUCCGACCUAAAACCCUCGCCUUUUUGUCGAGAGCUCCAGUCGUCCGGAGGGGAGGCCGAGCGAGUGACCGGAAGCCGCGGGGGAGUCCGUGUCUGUGGAGGGGGGAUGGUGGUCCGGAUCAGGCUGGCGCGGUUCGGGUGCCGCAACAGGCCCUUCUACCGGGUCAUGGCCGCCGACAGCCGCUCCCCGCGCGACGGCAAGCACCUCGAGGUCCUCGGCUACUACAACCCUCUCCCUGGGAAGGAUGGUGGCAAGAGGAUGGGGUUAAAAUUCGACCGAGUGAAGUAUUGGCUAUCAGUUGGAGCACAGCCAUCAGAUCCUGUGGAGUGCAUCCUCUUCCGAGCUGGAAUUCUACCUCCACCUCCCAUGCUAGCUAUGGGCCACAAGGGUGGGCCUCGUGACAGACAUCCCAUUGAUCCAAUGAUUGGGUGCCCUUUAGACCUUGAGGGUGUCAUGGUUUGUGACGAUCCUCAUGCUCCGGAAAGUGGUGAUGGAGCACCUAGCAAGGAGGCAGCAUAGAUGAGGCAUGAGAUUAUCUGUUUUAGCAUAUCAUGUGGUUUUUUUUGUUGCCUUUCUGAUGGAGAUUUGAACCUGUUAGUAGUAUGCUGUGAUCUUUCUAGCUGAGUGGCGUUGGAUCUCUACUUAAUGUGUGUCUAUAAAUCAAGCAAGAUUGUGUGACCUUAGUUGCAUUGCUUUCUACUACCUCCACUCCAAAAUAUAAGCAUUUAUAGGUUAUUUAUGAUAAGCUAAGGAGAUGUCAAAAGAUUUCAUUUUA